CUUUUUGAUUGAGAGGCCAACAACUUAUUCUAUUUCUCGAAAGAUGGACAUUUGAGCCCUGAGAAAAAAGAAUUGAAUCAACAUCUUUGAGCUUCAGUUUAGGCUUGUGCCAGCCAGCCCGUGUCAACCAUCAUACAGAAUGGGAUAUUGUGCUGCGUGGAGAAACCACUUUGUUUGAACAGUUUGGAUUUUGACCAUUUCGACUCUGCAUUAUUACAAAAAAUGCCUUGCAACGCAAAAAACACUCCAACAAUGCAAACUGUUUUAAAAACCCCAACAAAGCCAGCAAGGGAAAGCCAACCUGUCUUUUCGAAUUUGAGCGCAGACUUUUGGCAAGACGUUGCUGAUGACGGACUGAUGAGGAUUCAUAGUAUAUCGCCACUGAGGGACUGUCAAAACUCAAACUCAGAUCAGGCAACUCCAAGCCCCAGGAAAAGAUUGAAGAGACAACGCCUUAUUGAUGGGAUAGAUGAGCCAGUUCAAUCAGGGGAUGGCAAUCAAACCGUAAAGAGUGUGUCCAAAGAUGUUAUUGUGGCAGAUAAUUCCUUGAGUAUCAAGAGGAGAGGGAGGCACAGAAGAAAAAGCGGCCUGAUUCAAAAGGGAACGCCGAGUCUUGUGAGUUCUCAGGAAGACACAGCUGAAAUCAUAGAGAUCAUUGAAGGGGAUUCCUUUGCUUCUGUCAAAUCUAUCCGCAAUUCAAAACAAACUGAUCAAGAGCAGGUAUUUGAAAGUUCAACUCUCCAUCCACUCAAAGUACCUGAUAAUCCUCUCGCAAAAGGGCUGAAACGAGUCAUGACAGAAUUGGCACCAACCGAGGCCAAGAGACUGAAGAAAAAAAAACGCAUAAAGAAAGGUCUUGAAAGUUCUGGACACUCCACAAUUUCUCAUUCUAAGAAAACCAAAGGAAGAAGUAAAUCUGGGAAAACUGCAGCACCAAUGGUCGUAUUGUCAACUGAGCAUCUCGCAGAACCACAAAGAACUAGCACCAACUUGAAUAGGUUCGAAACACCUAAGUCGUCGUGGUUACAUCGAGUCAGCACCCCGAGGGUCCAGACAGAAAAGUGUAAGCAAAACAUCCCGGCAUCUGGUACAUCUUUGGAAGAAGCAGAAAUCAUGGUUCAGUCUAAAAAUCAGCCAGGAGUUGAAGGAGUUGGAGCGCUUUAUCAACAACAAACACCCCAAAUAUCCUCGACAUCUGAUCCAUGUUUAAGUAUUACUCUUUCAGAUCUACUUGAAGAGCUUUCAACUUCAAAAAGAUCUAGCCUUUCUGCAAGACUGGCGAAAGCAAAGAUUGCUUGUCAUGAGCAAAAGAGACGGCGACGCAUCAGUCUGAAACGUAAAUACAGAGAAAGUAUUGGGGAGCUUGAUGUCACUCAAGGAAAAAUGAGUCCCAAAGAGGAUUUACAUACAGUGAAGUCCCAAGACAUCAAACUGUCUGCACCACUAUCAAAUCCAAAUGAAACUUUUGUUGAAAAACACUGCCAAACGCAAUCAAAGGUUCCUCACGUGCAAACAGAACAAGAAGUUGCCAUCAACAAGGCCCCUGUAGAAAAUGGCAGUGACUUUGAAACACCAAAACAGCAGGGAGCUGAAGCAGGGCCAACAUGUGCAUUGUGUUCUUGCUCAGAAUGCAAAUGCCCACCAUCAUUGGAAAUCCAGACAUCGGGAAAUGUCAGAAUUGGUGUCCAGGUUUCACCAGUUGUGUUAAAACCAGACAAGCUUGAGUCAGAACACGCAAGGGCAUCAACCCACUCUUCAUUAAACAGCCAGUCGUGUCAAACAGACUUUCGUGAAACCCAAACUCAGACUGUGCAUGAAACACCAUCCUUUGCGAGCCAAAUUCCUCCUAAAGGAUGCUCAACAUUAACAACUCCCUCGGACCAAAAAGUUGAACUAGUAACAGUAAUCAAAAACUGCAUGGAUUCUUUACUGGAUGUAUGUAGUGAUAGCAAGAACUUUUCAAAGCCCUCCCAGCUACCAGGGAAAGAAACGGAUGUUCUCAAACGGUUCUUUGAGUCUUUAAAGCUUGUACAGGCUAAUCGUAGCAAGUCUCCUCCAAAGCCCACCCCUCUUCUGCGAAGACAAAGUCAUCGAAGAAGAAUCGAGUCUUCAGAGUCUUCAGAUUCACUGGGGCAGAUGGACUCUGAAGAAGCUGCUACACUCAAGUCCCAAUGUCUCUCUACUGUCACUCAAUUGGUGAAACCAAGUACCUCAAAGCCCUUUCAGUCACCAAGAAAAGAAACAGAAUAUUCAGAUACUCUCAAAAGCUUCAUUGAGUCCAUAAUGAAUGUAUCUACUCAGAGCCGGUCCCCCCAAAAGCCCACCCCUCUUCUGCGAAGACAAAGUCAUCGAAGAAGAAUCAAGUCUGCAGGGUCGUCCGAUUCCACAAAGCAGACAGACUCUUGGAGUAAGUCCUCCUCCGAAGAACUCGCCAUACCCAAGUCCCACUGUCUCUCUCCUGUCCUUCAGCUGAUGAAACCUCCGGCGGCACCUGGUGAAAUCUUACCGAAAGUGAUUCCCUUGAAUUUUAUGAAGUUCUCUAGGCAUUGUGGCAGACGUCCCAUCGGAAAGAGAGUACCACAGGAGUUGUUCUCGAGUAGCGGAGACAGCGAUUCGGAUGUAGGCAGAGCUAGGGCAGCUGCACAAAGAUUUAUCAACAUGACUGAAGAUUCUGACAGUGAUUACGGGAUGGGGGAUCGGAAAGUUGACGAUGGUGAAAUGCUUGUGGGCACUCGGCAGAUAAAUAGAAAACAAUACAGACGUAUCCUGGAUGGUUGGAGCGAGGGUGCUGACUAUGUUGAUCACAAAGAGAGUCAAGGUGUUGUUGAAAAUGUUAGUGGUAGUGACUGCAGCAUUGAACACAUAGAGGUUGAAGAAUACAUCGAUAAUGAUGAGAAUAGUGCACAAGAAGUUAACAUUAGUGUUUCUCUAGUCCAUGAUGGCUUGGGUGAUCGAGAAAGUGACAAAGAGAAUCAAGAUCUUUUUGCAGAUGGUAGUGGCAGUGACUGCAGCCUUGAACUCUUUGAGGUGGAAGAGUUCAUUGAUAAUGAUGAGAGUAGUGCUGAAGAAGGUAGCAUUAGUGCUGAAGAAGUUGGCAUCAGUGACAAGGAAGAUAAUGACCACACCAUAGUUGGAACUUCUGCCAGUGAGUGUGGUGAAGGUGAUGUUCUCUCUAGUAUUGACAAUUGGGAUGAAUGGAGCGAAGAACUUGAUGAUGGAGAUUAUGGAAAUCCCUUCAUCCUUGAUCAAGCAACUGAGUCUAGGUUGAAAGACGACCCAGAGAGUGAUUGUUACAGCGAUGCUAAAGAGUUUGACGUAACCGAUGACAGUCAGAGUGAAAAUUUAGUUGAGGAAGACGUGAUCAGAGAUAGACAACACAGAAACAUAACAGAUAAUAAGGUCUAUGGCAGGAGAAUGUCACCCCGAAAGAAUCGAAGAAGAAUACUGGACGAACUAUUUUCAAGUAGUGAGGAGAUAAGCUUAAUUGGCACCCCUAAAGAAAGCCAUGGCAUGCCUGGUCAUUUGAAGGUCAGCAUUGGUGAGAGGGUGAAUGAUAUCAGUAGUAGUGGAAAUGGUUCUGAUAGUGAUACAGAUCAAAAUUCUUCAGGCAGUCAAGAAAACGUCUUACAAAAGCAAGUAAGCUCAAAUAUUGUUUUAGAUGAUGACGAGAGUAAAUCAGAACAGGUGAAACCGACGAAGCGAUUGAACCCCACAGGGUUACUGGCUGACAAGGGUAAAAUGUUGAAGAUUUUCAAACAGCAGGCAGAGAAAAAUAUGAUAGCAAAGGAGAAACAAGCAGAAUCAAAGGCCUUUAAAGAAACAGGUUUUGAAACUAGCCAUCAUGAAAUAGAUUGUAAGGAUAAGCAGCAGGAGCCAAGCAGUCAGGCAGUUGAAUCUACUGACAGAGACGAGAAAGAUCAUAGGGAUGGGAGUGAUCAUGAUGAUGAAGUUUUUCGUCUGGAUGUUAGUGACGAACGUCAGGUUGAAAGAAAGGAAUGUACUGAUGAGGACAAACUUGAUAAUGAUGAAAAUCUUGAUGGCCAUGUUAAAGAAAACAGAGAGGAGGGAGAUAUUCUUAAAGAUGAGACUGAAGACAUUGGUGGCUCUGACAGCGAUGACACAAGUCUGAAUAUCCCAGAUUAUGUAAGUUCAGAUGAUUGUCCCGCUAAGCUCAACGAUAGACUGUUAAAGAAGAAGAAGAGCAAAUCACAAAUAAAUGUUAAAGAAAACAGAGAGGAGGGAGAUAUUCUUAAAGAUGAGACUGAAGACAUUGGUGGCUCUGACAGCGAUGACACAAGUCUGAAUAUCCCAGAUUAUGUAAGUUCAGAUGAUUGUCCAGCUAAGCUCAACGAUAGACUGUUGAAGAAGAGCAAAUCACAAAUAAAAAAAGAAAAACAAUCAGAAAUGAAAGGAUCGUUACAAGUCAAGCAAAAAAUGUUAAAGACACGUAAGCAGAGGAGUGAUGGAAAACGGACAAAAUCAACGAAGGUUAAAAAAGAUUGUGGUAAAACCAAUCUGCAAAGUACAAGUGAGUAUCGGAAAGAGAAAGGAAGUAACAAAAGAGGCGGUCUUAACAGAAGAAGUCGGGCAGCUAAAUCUGAAGAUGGUGAUGCUAACAGUGAUCAGAAUAAUCUUGUUCAGGGCGACAACCUUGGUGAUGAUGAAGAUGUUGAUGGCCAAACAACCAUUGACAGAACUGAGCACGAUGGUAUCAAGGACAUUGAUGCUGACAUUGGUGGCUCAGAUAGCGAUGAUACUAUUGUGAAUUCCCCAGAUGAUGAAAAUAGAGGAGUUUCAGGUGAAUGCAGCAUCAUCCAAAAAACUACAACAGCAACACAGUCAAAAGAAGUCACCGAAGCUGGAUUACGGAGAGGAAGAAAAUCUGCGAAGGGACCAAAAACAAAGAAGAGUCUUAGUCGGACAGAAAGUUUGGAAUAUGAUCCAGACAACAGUGGACUAUUGGUGAAGAGAAAAGCGAAAAAGCCACAGAAACUGACCGGAUUGUUGUCUGAAGCGGAAACAGUAAAAAACAGAGGGGUUUCUACUGGGGAAAAGACAAAAUCGAGGAACACUAAAGAAGAUGGAAAAAACGACCAUCAGCAAUCGACAUGUGGGGAGCAACAUGGAGAGUCAAGGAGUUUAAGUGAGCAAAGCUUAAAUGGCUGUGAUGAGGGCCUUGGUGAUGACGAAAAUGAAAACAGCGAUGAUGCAAUAAUGACAUCAUCAGAUGAAGGUGGUCAUGAUGAUAAGAGUCAGACCAGCUCUUUGAAACAGUCCGGAAAGGUGACACAAUUAACGACAGACAAACAAAUCAAAGAUGGACUUUUGAAAAAAGGAAAACCACCUCAGAGGAAAAAUAUCAAAAAGAGUCUUGAUCGAACGGACAGGCAACAAGAUGACCCCCGAAAUUACGCUGGAUUAUUGUACAAGAGCAAAUCACAUAAAAAGUUGACACAAAAAACUCUACCUGAAAUGGCUGACAUGGGCAAAUCCAAGAUAAAAUCUGUCCUGACAGAAAGCAUGGAAAAGAACCUUAGUUUGGACAACUGCAAUGAAAGAGUGGACAAUGGUAAACUGAUAGAGAGCCCGAGACAAUCCAAAAAGAUGACAUCGACAAAGACAAAUGCCCAAGAAGGAGAACGGAAAGAAAGAAAUUCACCAAAGAGUAUACAAGUUAAAAACAGUUGUGAUUUAAGAAAAAGGAAGGAAGGUGAACCAGACAAGAGCAGCCCGCUUAAGAAGUUGAAAAACAAAACACUGUUGGAGAAGACAGAGACACAGACAGAGAGUAAAAAGGUAAAUACUAAACUGGCAAGGAAGACUAAACAAGUGGAUGUUCAAAAUAGUCCCAUUGAGAAAACUUCUGAAGACAACUGUGGAGAAUCAAGAAUUGAUAAUACCGAUGAAGAUGCUGUCGGCACUGACCAUCAAGGUGAUCUAGGCAUCAUUGGCAAAGCCAGUAGUUUGAAAAAAUCUACAAAGAGUAAAACAGCAAAGCAAGAGAAAGCCCUCAAAGGAGAAAUAAAAAAUGCACCGAAGAAGAGUGAUUUUAGAAGAUCCUUAAAGACAAUGGAAGCAACAGAAGUUGUUGCAGAAUUAAUGAAUGAUAGAAAAUUAACAAAGAAGAAUAAACAACUGUCAUCUGGUGGGAAGUCUGAAGAUAAAGAGCAAGGAGGCACUUCUAGUUUGGCGCAAUCCACAAAGUUUACCAAAUUAGAAACAAAGGAAGACACCAAAGGAGGACAACCAAAAGAAAAGAAAACCUUGACGAUAACAAAAUCAAAGAAAAAUCUUGCAUGGACAAAAUUGAUAAACAGUGCUGUGUCAUCGGGUAAGAGCAGCUCAAAGAGCGCUAAAGACAGCGACGAUAGUGAUUAUUACUUUGACACUGUAGAUUUGGUUUUAAGCGUGAAAGAUCAAGACGAAGAAGAAAGUGAUUCUUUGAAACAGUCCGGAAAGGUGACACAAUUAACGACAGACAAACAAACCAAAGAUGGACUUUUGAAAAAAGGAAAACCACCUCAGAGGAAAAAUAUCAAAAAGAGUCUUGAUCGAACGGACAGGGAACAAGAUGACCCCCGAAAUUACGCUGGAUUAUUGUACAAGAGCAAAUCACAUAAAAAGUUGACACAAAAAACUCUACCUGAAAUGGCUGACAUGGGCAAAUCCAAGAUAAAAUCUGUCCUGACAGAAAGCAUGGAAAAGAACCUUAGUUUGGACAACUGCAAUGAAAGAGUGGACAAUGGUAAACUGAUAGAGAGCCCGAGACAAUCCAAAAAGAAGACAUCGACAAAGACAAAUGCCCAAGAAGGAGAACGGAAAGAAAGAAAUUCACCAAAGAGUAUACAAGUUAAAAACAGUUGUGAUUUAGGAAAAAGGAAGGAAGGUGAACCAGACAAGAGCAGACCGCUUAAGAAGUUGAAAAACAAAACACUGUUGGAGAAGACAGAGACACAGACAGAGAGUAAACAGGUAAAGACUAAACUGGCAAGGAAGACUAAACAAGUGGAUGUUCAAAAUAGUCCCAUUGAGAAAACUUCUGAAGACAACUGUGGAGAAUCAAGAAUUGAUAAUACCGGUGAAGAUGCUGUCGGCACUGACCAUCAAGGUGAUCUAGGCAUCAUUGGCAAAUCCAGUAGUUUGAAAAAAUCUACAAAGAGUAAAACAGCAAAACAAGAGAAAGCCCUCAAAGGAGAAAUAAAAAAUGCACCGAAGAAGAGUGAUUUUAGAAGAUCCUUAAAGACAAUGGAAGCAACAGAAGUUGUUGCAGAAUUAAUGAAUGAUAGAAAAUUAACAAAGAAGAAUAAACAACUGUCAUCCGGUGGGAAGUCUGAAGAUAAAGAGCAAGGAGGCACUUCUAGUUUGGCGCAAUCCACAAAGUUUACCAAAUUAGAAACAAAGGAAGACACCAAAGGAGGACAACCAAAAGAAAAGAAAACCUUGACGAUAACAAAAUCAAAGAAAAAUCUUGCAUGGACAAAAUUGAUGAACAGUACUGUGUCAUCGGGUAAGAGCAGCUCAAAGAGCGCUAAAGACAGCGACGAUAGUGAUUAUUACUUUGACACUGUAGAUUUGGUUUUAAGCGUGAAAGAUCAAGACGAAGAAGAAAGUGAUUCGUACGAUGAUUGCUCCAAUGAUGUCGAAAGCCUUGUUGGCAAACUCAUGGAUGAUGAAGACAAAGAUAGAGAAGGGAACUCUACUGGUAAUGGAGAUAAAAAUCUCAGGGAAGCUGAUGAUAUGAGAGAUGGCAGUCAUUGUGACGAUGUUGGUCAUGGCGGACAGAUCGUCACCGAGCUUGGAAUGAGGAAAAAUUUGCAAAAUGGUGAAGAUAAUGUGAGGAGUAACACUGAUGAGGAGGGUGGUGAUGUGCAAGAAAACUUGGCUGAGGAAGAUGCUAGUAAAGAUGAUGAGGAAGGAGUUGAUGGUUUUGACAGCGAUGAUUCAAGUCUCCUUCUUGCAGUAGAAGGUAGUAGUGUUGUGUGUAAGAAGAAACAGGCAGAUAGAGGUCCAAGGAAUAGCUCAAAGACAGCUGAAGAAGUUCUUGAGGAUGAACAUUCAUGCAGUAGCGAUGAAGAAUCAGUUGACCAAAUCUUUCCGAGCAGAUUUCUACAUGAAGUUGAAAGUUCUGCUUGUCCGUUUGACCACAUGGGCAAAUCCUUCAGGGGCAAGAAACAUGGUUGUACAUGUUUAGUUGGUAAUAGACCGAGAAAGGAGAGAGUAAAAAGGAAAGCUACAACAAAUCCUGUCCUGACGGGAAGUGAACAUCUGGAUUCAGACAUUAUUAAGAGCAAGCCACUAGUCCAUGGAUUGUUAAAGGACAAGGGUAAACUGCUGACGAUUUUCAAACAGGAGGCAGCAAGAAAAAUGAUGGAGAAUGUUCCAGCCACUGAUGCGAAACCAGAUGCUUGGAAAGCCAGCCGCAACUUUGGAGAGAUCCGCGACAAGAAUUACGACCCUAUCAUGUACACCAUCAAGUCUGAUACUAACAGAGCCAUUUGUGAGGGCCUGAUUACCCCAAUGCCACUGGAAUGGGAAGAGCCUUUGAUCUCUAGUAAGGACAGGGAGGAUCACCAGAGUGCCCUUCGCAGCAUUUUCUACGAUACGUUGCUCAAGAGGGGAAGAAAGAACAGAAUUGCCGCACGACGUCGAUCGGGAAAUGUGAAGCUUAACAGAUGCCCGACGAUUAAGGAAAUCAAGAAAGCCAACACUGCAGAGAAAAGGAGGUUAAAGAAAUUGGAGGCCGAGGUCAAGUCUGAUGGUUGGAUAGAGUACGACAUGCUGCCGGCAGUCUACCCAGAGACAGAUGAGACAGUCUUCAUCAAGGCGAUCAAGUAGACCUUUGUCAAGCUGCUGCCAUCUUCGUCUGGUUCCCGGAACUCGAUGGCCCUUUUCGAACCCUCAGCUUUGGAUUCGGCUUCACGCUCCGUCCUCUCGUAUGAAGCCCUGUGCGCAUGCACAAAGCAUGUGCAACUAUCAAACAACCGCGGGGGCCAAGCUAGCCUGAGCCGAAUCCAAAGCUGAAGCCGUGGUUUCCAAAAGGGUCUAUGACAGUAACGAUCCCUGGUAAUCAGCAGAUAUAAAGAGUACACACUACUUUUUUUCCGGUCUACCCUCAGGCUGUAUCCAACUAGGUGACUACAGCUACGGCUGUGUCUGUUGCUAAGUGUGUUGCUAAGGACGCUCUAUACUCUAAUGCAUGAUGAUGCACUGAUCCAGCAAUCGCCCUAGCAAUAGCCGCCAAUUCAGACACGGCCUUGGACCCGUGUUUCAUUAAAGGAACACGUUGCCUUGGAUCGGUC